AUGCCAGCCACCAGCCCGCUCAUACCGUGCUCCCAGCUCCCUCGCACCGCCGGCUAUGACUCGUGCCUCGACUUUGCGACCACUGGCCUCGGCGCCUGCGACAGCCUCAACAUGAGCGCAAUGGCGGCGUCCGGAGACGACGUCUUCAACUGCGGCUGCGUCGCGCUGGUCGGCAGCGGCCCCGCGCAGGCGAUGGCGGUGGCCGAGAUUGACCGCUGGGAGCGGAGGCAGGCGGUCGUGCAGUUCAGCCUCGCCGCCCUCUCCUGCGUGUGCGGGACAGCCUACCUGGUCGCGGCAGCCUCGUCGAGGGCCAAGCGGCUGCGGCGCUUCCCGGCGAGCCUUGCAUACUGCAUGCACCUCUCAGACCUGGUCAAGUCAGUGCCGCUCUGCCUCGUCGCCGCGCUCCGCUUGCUGCACGACACGGGCGCGGGACACGUCCACGACACGGGCGCGGGAGACGUCCAUGACGAAGCGGCGGGUAGUGAGCCGCUGGCGUGGGCCGGCCUCGUCGGCUCCGUCUCCUACUACCUCGCCCUCGCUCACAACUUCCACCGCACCGUCGCCGACCCCUUCACCCGCCCCGCGUCGCGCGCGCUGAGGUACCACGCCGCCUGCUGCUGCGCGGUGCUGCUCCUCUCCGCAACCUACCUGGCUCCCCCAGAGGCGGGAGAGGCUUUCGGCCACGGCUUCCGCGCCGCCUUCCUCGCCUGCUGGCACGUGGCUGAUGGCGCUCGCUCUGGAGCAUCGCUGCGGGCGCUGCUCGGCGACGCGCGGUUCGCACAGCUGCGGCAGGGCGGGGCGGUGGUGCGCGUCUUCUUCCUCUACUGGGUCGUCACGGCGACGCUCUUCGUCGCAAGCUGGCUGCUCGCCGGCGCGCCGUGGCGGCCGCAGAGCGAGUGCGAUUUCGAGUCUCUCACACUGCGGUCCCACUUUGGCGGCGGGGCCGAGGGAGCGUCCUCGAUGUGCGGCGUGGCGGCGGCGCUGCAGGCCGCCUUCUCGUCGAUGAUGUGCGCGGGGGGGGCGAUCAACUCGUUGGCUGGCUUCUGGGCGUGGAGGAAGGCGGCGGUGUGCGAGGUGGACGAGGUCGAGCUGCCGCCCGACAGCGGGGCCGCCGAGCCCGCGGCCGCGGAUCGCUGGCUCGGGAGGUACAGCGGCGGCCCGCGAGGCCGAGUCACCUUCCGCGAGUACGCGCCGCGGACCAUGCAGUGGCUGCGCUCGCGCGUCUUCGGUGUCGAGGCAGAGGCGUACGCGACGGCGAUGGCGGGGUCGCUCGAGGGCGGCGUCGAGCUGUCGCUCGCGCGCAGCUUCUCCGAGGGGCGCGGCGGAGGCUUCUUCUUCUUCUCGGCCGACGGCCGCUACUUGGCCAAGUCGAUGACGCGCGCAGAGCACCACGCGCUGCUGCAGCUGCUGCCGCAGUACUGCCGCCACAUGCAGAGCCAGCCUCGCUCGCUGCUCUCCCGCCUCUCGGGAUGCUACUCGAUCACCAUGUACGGGCAGACAAAGUUCUUCCACGUGCGGCCGGGCCCCCGCCUUAGCGAAAAAACCCCCAAGGACUCGGACUGGCCCGCCUCGCGGCUGCUGCGGCUCGAGCCGCAAGCAAAGGCGGCCCUGCUGCGGCAGGGGGACCCGUUUCAUGACACGUUCGGAGACAUUGUCCCUGUGGGUGGAUGGGACUCCUUCGUUGCUACGGGGCCGUCCGCCUUCACGGCCGCCACCUUUGAGGGCCCUGGCCUGUACGCGCUCGGCAUGAUCGACCUGCUGACGAGGUGGACGCUUGCCAAGCGGCUCGAGCGGUGGUGCAAGGUGCUGCUGCGCUGCCGCUGCGCCGCCGACGUGCGGGGCGGGAUGAGCGCCGUCGAGCCGGGCGAGUACGCGAGGCGCUUCCACCGGAUGGUGGGGGGCAAGCUGCUCGGGCUGCCGCCAGAGGCGGUGGAGGCGGACUGGGAGGCGGGGGCGCGGGAGGGGCGGGGAGGCGGUGGCUAUUCGCGCGCGCCGCUCAUCGCCGCUCUAUACGCCUGCCCGUUCGUUCUCGCCGAGAAGGCGCUCGGAACGCCCAAUUUGGCCUCGCGCGGCCAUCAGACAGGCGUGUGGCUUUGA